CUCCGGCUCUUGCCGGGCGGCCCGGAGCUUCCCUCCUGCGUCGCCGGGAUGUUCCCACCCCCGCCCGCACCCCUUCCUAUCAGGAUCCAUCCGUCCCACGCCCCUUUCGGGGUGUGUUUCCCCAACCGCCCCCCACCCCUUAUUAUUAUCAUUAUUAUAUUUCCCCCUCUUCUUCUUCUUCUUCUUCUUUUAUUUCCCCCUGCGAGCAUCGGAGGGAAAAGCAGGCGGCCGCUCUUUUGUCUCCCGACCCCCGGAUGAGAGAGGCUGGGACCAGGCAGGGCACCGCUUUCUGCUCGACGCGGCCAGGUGGUCCUCGGGCUUGCUGGGAUCGACGCCCCUCCUCCUCUUCUCUUUCUUCCUCCUCUUCCUCCUCCAGCGGGCCGGAUCCCCGGAUCCUCGGCAGGCUGAGAGCAAAGUGUGACUUUCCACAAAGCGUCAUAUAUGCUGAAGCUCUUGGAUGUUAGAAGGCAUUAAAGGGAGAAACCUGCAUGACCUAAUGAUAUUUGGUGUAGUGAUUAAAGUGCUGGCCUAACAACCAGGAGACGCAUCCAUCUCUCCUGUGGCUGCCCAACCCAUAGCCCCGGUUUUUUUUGGGGGGGACGGAGGAAAGAUACAGGUGCAACACCCUUGUUCCUCAGGUUUAAUUCCACUCUUGCACACCGAGACAAGAAGCAGUGCAAUUGGUGCACCAGACUGCCUCGGAAUGGCCCACCUUGAACAAAAGCAGAUGCCAGAGAACCAUAAAAAUGCCACUGAAGUCACAAAGGAUAAGUUGAUGCCGACACGGCCUCAGCCAAUCAGAAGAUCCAAGCAAUGCUCUCCAAGUAUGGAUGGGAAGAAAUGCAGUGUAUGGAUGUUCUUGCCACUUGUCUUGACGUUGUUUACCUCAUCAGGCCUGUGGAUUGUAUAUUUUAUAGCGGUAGAGGACAACAAAAUCCGUCCACUAGAUACGCCAGACAGCAGCAAACCAACGUCUUUAAAGCCGCCAUAUAUAAGUAUUGCAGGUGAUGUCCCUCCUGCUAGCUGUGUAUUUAGCCAAGUCAUGAACAUGGCAGCAUUCCUAGCACUGGUCAUAGCUGUCCUCCGCUUCAUUCAGUUAAAGCCAAAGGUUUUGACACCAUGGCUCAAUAUCAGUGGCUUGGUGGCCUUUUGCUUGGCUUCUUUUGGAAUGACUCUUCUGGGCAACUUCCAGCUUUCCAAUGAUGAAGAAAUACACAACGUUGGCACCUUUUUGGCCUUUGGUUUCGGCACUAUGGCCUGCUGGAUUCAGUCCGCCCUAACCCUCAAAAUAAACUUGAAGAAUGAAGGUAGAAAAGCUGGAAUCCCACGCGUGGUUUUGUCAGCGGCAAUAACUCUGUGCCUAGUCCUUUAUUUCAUUUUGAUGAAUCAGUUUAAGUUGCACAUGCAGGCGUCACGGAUCCAGUGGGGAAUGGUGAUGUGCUUCCUGUGUUUCUUCGGCUCCUUCGCGGUGGAAUUCAGACACUACCGGUUCGAGAUCAUUUGCUCCGAGUACCAAGAGAAUUUCCUCAGCUUCUCCGAAACCCUCUCUGAAGCCUCCGAGUAUCAGACGGAUCAGGUGUAACCCAACUCCCAAACUGACCAGGCGGAUGAUGUUUGAUGUCAAAGGAUUGAACUCAACGGCCCCUUUCAUUUACCGUGAUUUAGUCUUUUUGUUUUUGCUAAUUUCUCUCUGCGAUCGCCCAAACUUUCUUCCGAAGAAUGAACCAGAUGCUUCUUUGCAUGGAUUCCAAAAUAUAUAUAUAUAUAUAUCUAAAUGUUUCCAACUGAAUCGCUUUCGGUUUGAGCACAAACACCCUGCGUCAAAAUUCUGUGGAGAUUCUCAGUCACCUGGAUCGUGGUUGUCCCAACUGGACUUUUGUUUUUCCUUGAAGACGCUUCGCUACUCAUCCAAGAAGCUUCUUCCGUUCUGACUUCAGUUCCUUUCAGUUCUUCACUCAGAACGGAAGAAGCUUCUUGGAUGAGUAGCGAAACGUCUUCAAAGUCUGGUUGCUUUUUGGAGGGGGGAAAAAAAACCCUCCACCUCUUUCAGGACAUUCUUGCCUGAAAUACAAGUGCAAAGCAUUUAAUUUCCUCCACGUUUUCCGGGCUCAAAGCAGAGCAUUGCUGGCGCAUUUCGCCCAAUGUUCAAAACAUUCCGAGUCUUGCUUAGGAUAAGUGGUUGCGCUUUUAGGACAGGGUGCUUAGCCUACCAAAUGGCUCAGUUUGAAACAUUUUGUUCACACUACCUCUUCGCCUUUUUUUUUUUUUUUUGCUUAAGGCAUUUUAUAACACGGUAUGAGAUGCUGGGUUUACGUUUUUCCCCCCAUAGUUCCUUUGUGACUGACUGAAAGAACUUACUAAUUUCGCAUUAUGUUAUGUUAUGCAAGAGGCAGCAGAGAACUAUGAACAAUUGCUAUCUGCAUACUGUACAGUAUAUGCGGUUGCACCUUGACUGUGAAAAAUGGAAAGGGAGGGUCAUGUUACCUGCAAGAAGACCAGGGUUACGCAGCAACCAUGGUCUGUGGACAUAUCACAGGGCAUCGACCGGGUGGUGGAGGUGUAUCCAGAUUUGCAAAACCCAAGUGUCAAGUUGCAAUGCAAGCUGCAUCUGAUUUUAUUAUGCACACACCAUACAGAAGACAGGCUAUGCGUGUGACAGGGUUAGGAGUGUGAUACCACAGUUAGUAUCUUGCAGAUCAUUGUGCGUGUAAGCUUUACUAAAACCUGUACAUUUGGCCAUGGAAUCUACAGUUCCCACGUCGAUUAUUGUGGAGGUUUGCAAACUGGUUUCCUGUCUUACUGACUUUAUGGCUUCAGUCGUUUGCUGAGGUGCAAUCUUAUUUUUCCCUCCCAUUUUUUUUUUGCAUUUUAGACUGUCCAAUUUUACUGCAGCUUGGUCCAUUCGAGUGAGCAGAUGGUGCUUGACCUCACAAAAACCAGGCCUUUGAUUGACUUCCCAUAUUCUGGUGCUUUUGCCCCCCCUUUAUACUGAAAAAAAGGUUCACUUCUCACUGACUCGGGGAACAAGAAGACAAAGAAACAGGGACAUUUUUAUGCGGCUUCCCUCUGGGGCCCGGUGAAUGGAUGAUGGUCUUGUUAGGAUUGGGAUAGGAUAGGAUUGUUUCUGAGCCUUUAAUAUUGGCAUAGAGGCAGGAAUCUCAAGGGCCUCUUCCUGCAAAAUCCUCUUUCCUAGGCGAUUUUUCCAAGUUGCAUAUGACUUUUCUUUUUCCCAUAUAAGGCCUGUACAUUUAACACAUCUUUUUUUUCCCAGAUAUUGGAAGAUGUUUCUAUGCUGGAAUUUUAAGACUAGAUACGCCAGUGUGAAGCUGUGGGGUAGAACUGUUACUUAAGGAGAAAAGUGUUAACGUGGCUUGAAGUGGCAACAAAAAAUAAAAUCAGCAGAGGUUGGAACGUUCAAGUAGAACAUUCAAUUGCCCUUUGUAAAGGGGCAAUUGAAAAGUUGCUAAUUUGCCAUAUGGAAUAAUCAAAUCACUACAGUUGAAGGUCUAGACUUUUGGGAUGAAAUUAUUUGCCACACAAUCCUUUCUACCUUUACAUCAGAGGAAGUCUCACAAAACAUAAAUGGGGGAGAGGGGGGGGGGCUUGAAACAUAAAUUGGAUUAAGUCCAAAACAUUAAAUUUCAAGAAUUGGGCCACAAUCUCGAUUGAGAUAGUGAAUGCUUGAAUUAGGAGUCAGAAAAUAUUUAACGGGGAGAGCAGUGAAUUGGGUGAAAAGCUUAAGUUUAAUAAUUAGAAAUAGGAGACCUGUCAAAGUGGUAAUGGUUUUCUACAGUAGGACAUAAAACGCACACAGAAUUGUAAAAUACACAAGUGUUUCUAUAGUAGACGGGUUUACAAGAGUGGCUGUAAGGAAGGUGUAGAUAGCUAAAUGCUGUUCAGAUGUUUUGGAAUUCGUUUUCCCAUCAGCUCUGGACAGGAUGGCCAAGGGCAAGAGAUUAUAUUACAAACAUCUGGUGGGUUAACAGGUUGCUUACCCCAGCUGUAGAGGAAUCCAAACCAGCUGUGCGUCUGCAGUUACGAAAAGGUUGAAAAUAUAAGAAAUCCACCAACAAGCAGCUAAAUGGGUUUCUGUUAGAAUGUGUUUUACUGUAAAUAGUUCAUUGUGAAUUUUUUAAAAAAUGUUUUAUGUUGUAUCAUUUAUAUUUUGCAUUUUUUUUUCCUGAAAGGGAGGAAAAAAAUUGUUUUGUGAACAUUUCCUCUCUCUCCAUUGAAUAUGCAACCGAACUCUUUUUCACGAUAAGAGUGUAAAUACCUUUUAAGUAUUUCUUACGGCACAUUUUUCAAUAUGGUUGAGCAAAGACUUCAUAACUGCAUACUGACACGUGACCACUCAAUAAAUUUCUUUUAUGGAAA